CUUGGAGCAAGAGCGGGUGGGGAGGGGGGGAAGGGGGGGUUAGAGAGGAAAAAAAACCUCGCGAGAGUUGGGCGGUUUUGCCGGUGUGACGCGCUCGAAAUAAUUUGAAAAUGGCCGCCGCGCCGAGCGCUGGAGAGAGGCUUGACGAGAAACCUGAAGAGCACGAGCAGGCUGGGCAGCGGGAGAAGGUGGUGAAGGUGAAGAAGCACAAGGUGAAGAAGGAUGAGCGAGUCGAGGAGAGGCGUGGGGAGGCCCAGACGACGGAGGCGCCAGUCCCUGAGCCGGCCGACGGCGCCAAAGUCGAGACGGCGGAGCAGGAGGGGGCUGUGGCGGCCACCCCUUCAACCCCGAAGCCCCGGCGUUCCCUGAUCCGAGACCGGGGGCCCCUAUAUGACGACCCCACGCUUCCCGAGGGCUGGACGCGCAAACUGAAGCAGCGGAAGUCGGGUCGGUCGGCAGGGAAGUACGACGUCUACAUCAUCAACCCGCAAGGGAAGGCCUUCCGUUCCAAAGUGGAGCUCCUGGCGCACUUCGAAAAGGUCGGCGACACCACCCUCGACCCCAGCGACUUUGACUUCACGGUCACGGGCCGAGGAAGCCCCUCGAGGAGAGAGAAGAAGCCGCCCAAAAAGCCAAAGACCCCCAAGUCGCCUGGCACCGGCAGGGGACGGGGCCGGCCCAAAGGCAGUGGCAAGGAUAAGGUGGUGCGGAAGAGCGGCCCAUCAAAGAGGUUGUCAGAAAAGAGUGCGGCCAAGCUCCUGGUCAAGAUGCCCUUCUCAGCCCCUCUGCUGCAGAAAGCUGAGGGGGCCACGUCUUCCGCGGAGCAGCAUCCGAAAGUGCGCAAGGGGGUACCCGGUAGGAAGAGGAAAUCUGACAGCGACCCCCAGGUGGUUCCCAAGAAGAGGGGCCGGAAACCGGGAGGAGGGGGCGGCGGGGGGGCGGCUGUGGCAAAGAAGAAGGCAGUUAAGGAGAUGUCUGCCAAGCCCGAGGAGGUCGCCGUCCUGCCCAUCAAGAAGCGGAAUCUGGGGGAGGAGAGCUCCCCCCUGAAGAAGCGGAAGAGCACGCGCAUCUUCGAGGAGGACACCAUCACCCCGGUGGUGGGGAGCUCGCUGGCGAGGGAGAGCAGCGAGGCAGAAGAGCUGGCCGGUGCUGGGAAGGGACAGAAAGGCGCCAAGAGCGCGGCGCCUAAGGCACGAGAAGGCAGCCCCAAAGCCCGGAGCCUCAAGAAGGAGUGUCCGCCACUGACCGAGGCCCCAAAGGAAUUGGCCCCGGAGGCGGAGGGCUCCAAGGACGGCAGCAGCCCCUCGGAACGCAAAGACUUGAGCGGCCGGGCAUGCAGCGAGGAGAAGCCGCUGCGCGCCCGACCCGAGGCCGACCUGCUGCCUAAGGAGCCCCCAAAGACUGAGCUCGCCGAAAAGAGCAAACUGAGAGGCGAGGGUGAGCAGCGGGGAGUCAUCUCGGCCGUCCCCAGGCCGGCCAGGGAGGAGGCGGCCGACGCCCGGGCGACUGUUUCCGAGAGAGUGAGCUGACUUUCGCAGGAAGAAGGAAACAGUGACGACAACAACAAAAAAAGAAAUGGACGAGGCAGCUGUUGUGUCUUUUUCUCAUUGUGAGUAGGGCUCUGAACGAAGGCUUUCCAGACCAGUUGAUGCUGAACCUCGAAGCUUAUAUGGGGCAAGAUUUAAUUUCUAAUUUCCUCUUUGAAGUGUUUGCAUCUGUUAGGUGGUCAAGUGUUCCGUCUGUCUUUUGUGUUUUGUUCAGACCUUGGUUUAAAAAAAGAUAAGCGAGAGGUCGAUCCGCGCCGCCAACCUCCCUCCCUCUUCUUUUCCCUCCCUUCCCCUCUCUCCUCCUCCCUCUCCUUCCUCCUCCCCUCCUAUCUCACCCUUCUUCCUUCCUGCAGAAAGUGGGAUGGGAAGAGGGGGGAGAAAAAGGAGGUUUAUAUAAAAAAAAGUUACCGUGCCUUCUGUGUGUGGCUAGCGAGCUUGUCUCGUGUUAGGGUGCCCCUUGGGCUUAAAGUCGGUGGGUCUUGAAACUUCUCGGCCUCACGUCUGUCUUGAUGCUGGAUUUGUUUUGGGAGUGGGGAGUGGACGUGAGGCAGGGUGGGGUGCCUCCACCCUCAUGUUACACUGACCUUUUCCCCUUGGGUCUUCAACCCAAUGAGAGGUUCACCCUCCUCUCUCGGUCAGUCCCUCUCAUUGGGUUGUGUUGCGGAACUUGCGGGGCUGGGGCUGGUGUGAUGGUGGAAGAGGGGAAUUUGAACCCCGCCAUCCCCUCCAACCCCUGGUGCCAGUGGAAUUAGGGGGGGUCUGUGGCGGGGCAGGCAUCAGCAAGGCAGAGCUCUGCACCUCACCCCAGCCAGUGGUGCAGGAGGGGUGGGCGCGAGGGCACUGCCCGCGUCCUGGCGGAUCAACGUGGCCUUGCCAGCCAGCAGCGGGGUAGGAAGUGUGAUCGGGACACAGUUCAAGGAGGCUUCUGAGUGGGCACCCUCUGAAUGGUGCGGGUGGGGAGGGGGAGUGAGUGGAUGCUUUUGGGGUAGGGGGGAAAGGUACGAUCUUCUGAAAGAAAUCAUUUUGCUCGGAUCCCUCUUUUGCGUGCAGUGAGUUCAGGGUAGACAGUUGUGCAGCAAGCUUACCCACCAUGGCCCCACCCUCCCUCACCUUCUCCAGGUACUCUUGACCCCCCCCCCCCCCAAAACUGGGUGCUGCAGAGCGAGUGACCCUCCUGCAGAUUUCUGUCUGCGCGUGUAUAAUCUUCUAAAAAAAAUAUGCACGAGAGAACACACCCGCACUCCGGAGGCACAGCUUAGGAGCCCCUACCCCUUCCCCAAGACUGGAGACUGUACCCGAGACUUCCCCCCACCCCUUCCACACAAAGCACUCCACA